UAAAGUCGUAGUGUAGACCAUGCCACAGAUACAUAGUCAAUAUCCAUAACUUCAGAUACAAACAUGAUCCAUGCACACAAAUAGGAUAAUCCUAUUCAGGAAACUAUAACUUUUCCAAUGACCCUGCACAUGACGCAUCUUGCACAAAAUACCUCAUAAUUAUGUCCUAAUCAUAUUAUAAUCCUACCACUAUGGUGAAUAUGGGGUGUAGUGUGAGAUAGGUAUUAAUUUCAAGACACAGGAAUUGUGAAUGGAACUUCCCCUCUUUGUGGAACAGGAAAUAACCCCCCAGCCAAGGCUGGGAAAAUUUCCCAGACUCUCAGUGCUGGAGCCUGAUUCUACUGACACUUUAUUAGUUACCACCACCCCCAAUCUUUGUGGCAACUCCAAACUUUGAGUGAUGAUUUUAUAUUCUCUUCUAGGUCAUUGAUAAGAAUGGCACAGGGCCAAGAUCCAAUCCUUGCGGGAACCCACUAGAAAGAAAUCCACUCGACCAUGGUUCCCCAUUUAAAAUCACAGUUUUUAAUCUAUUUAAUGUAUGCCAUGUGUAUUUUGCAUCUUUCUUGCCCAGUAUCAAUUUCAGACUAACACUCUUGUAAUUAGAGAGAUCAUCUCUUUUACACUUUGGCACAGCAUUAGCUUUAUUCCUGACUUAUGGAAUUUUCAGAGUGUUCCAAGUCCCAAUUAAAAUCAACAUUAACAGUCCAUCACGCUCCUCCACCAGGUCUUUCAAAACUCUUGUUAUCUGGACCCACUGAUUUAAACACAUCUAACUUUAAUGGAUGGUGUUUAACGUCCUCGUGAGUUACUGUUGGAAUGGAAAGGCUGUCGGCGUCAACAUCUUAUGAUAAGAGUUACAUCAUCUGUUUUUCUCCAAAUCCAGGAGAGAAAUAUUUAUUGAACACUUUUACCUCUUCUGCAUUAUUUUUGAUAAUUCUACCAUUUCCAUCUAGUAAUUUACCACUACCAUUGUUAGGAUUUAUGUUGUACUUAAUAUACUUUUAAAAACUUCCUUCUUAUUGUCAUUGAUUGAUCAUUGAUUUCUGAUAGCGUCCCUUACCAAUUUUCUACAAUUCUGAACUUCUAACUUAUAUUCUUUACUAUUGACUUCCCCUUUCUUCCAUGUAUUUUAUUUGGAGAGUGUUGGGAUUCCUAGCAGGGAGCCACCAGCAGGGUCCAGAGACAGUCCUAUCUCCUAUAUCAAGCUCUGGCUAGUAGGGGCUGGUGACUUUCGAGGAGGUGGCUGUGUAUUUCACCAGGGAAGAGUGGGCUCUCCUGCCCCCCACUCACAGAGCCUUCUACAGGGAUGUCAUGCAGGAGAACUAUGAGACGGUGGUCUUACUGUGCACUGGGAUCUUAACCCACAAUUCCAAUGGGCGCGGGAGACUGCGGGAACUAUGGGAUAGCUAUGGGAUAGCUACCCACAGUGCAACGCUUCAGAAAUCGACGCUAGCCCCGUAGCGUUUCCAGUUUCCAAACCUGAUGUGAUCUCACAGCUGGAACGAGGGGAAGAGCCGUGGAUCUUGGACCUCCAGGGCUCUGAGAAAGAAGAGCUUCUGAGAGGGAGUGACCUAUGUCUGGAUUCUCUUUGUCUCCCAUUGAGGUGAUGGGAUGGUGAGUGAGAAUGAGGAGAAACCCCAGCAGGAAGAUGUUGAGCAAGUAAAACCACAUGGAAUGUUAUCAGGAAGAUCCAAAGGGAAUGUUUCCGGGAGUUGUGCACUCCGAGGAAAAGCAAAAGCCUGUGAGACUCAGGACAGGCCAGAGGAAAACUUCAGUAGCCACUCAGACCUUACAACACGCGACAGAAUCAACUUGGAAGAGACACGCUACACAUGCCAUGAGUGCGGGAAAAGCUUCAAUUUGAACGCUGCCCUUAUUACACAUCACACAAUCUACACGGGUGAGAAACUUUAUGAAUGCUCUGAGUGUAGGAAACGCUUCAAUCAGAGCUCUACCUUGAGUACACAUAGGAGAAUCCACACAGGAGAGAUGCCCUACAAGUGCUCUGAGUGCGGGAAAAGCUUCAGUCGGAGCUCACACCUUAUCAGACAUCAGAGAAUCCACUCAGGAGAGAAGCCCUACACGUGCUCUGAGUGCGGGAAAAGCUUCAAUCAGAGCUCUGCCCUUAUCACACAUCAGAGAAUCCACACAGGGGACACGCCCUACACAUGCUCUGAGUGCGGGAAAAGCUUCAGUCGGAGCUCUGCCCUUAUCACACAUCAGAGUAUCCACACAGGGGAGACGCCCUACAUAUGCUCUCAGUGCGGGAAAAGCUUCAGUCGGAGCUCUUCCCUUAUCACACAUCAGAGAAUCCACACAGGUGAGAGGCCCUACACAUGCUACGAGUGUGGGAAAAGCUUCAAUCGGAGCUCAAACCUUACCAUACAUCAGAGAAUCCACACAGGAGAGAAACCCUACACAUGCACUGACUGCGGGAAAAGUUUCAGUCAGAGCUGUGCCCUGAGCGCACAUAGGAGAAUCCACACUGGUGAAAAACCAUAUAGAUGCUCUGAGUGCGGGAAAAGCUUCAAUCACAGCUCUGCCCUGAUCACGCAUAGGAGAAUCCACACAGGAGAGAGGCCCUACACAUGCUCUGAGUGCGGAAAAAUCUUCAGUCAGAGCUCACACCUUAUCACACAUCAGAGAAUCCACACAGGGGACACACCCUACACAUGCUCUGAGUGCGGGAAAAGUUUCAGUCAGAGCUCUGCCUUUAUCACACAUCAGAGAAUCCACACAGGGGACACGCCCUACACAUGCUCUGAGUGUGGGAAAAGCUUCAGUCGGAGCUCUGCCCUUAUCACACAUCAGAGAAUCCACACAGGGGACACGCCCUACACAUGCUCCGAGUGUGGGAAAAGCUUCAAUCAGAGCUCAAACCUUAUUAAACAUCAGAGAAUCCACAUGGGCAAGAACUGUAAUAAAUCCCUUGACUAGACCUGGCCAAAGGGUAUGUCUAAACUACGGGAUUAAUCUGAAUUUACGGAAUUCAAAUUUUGGAAACAGAUUGUAUAAAGUCGAAUGUAUGCAGCCAGAGUAAGCACAUUAAUUCGUCGGUGUGCAUCCAUGUACGUCGAUUUCCGGAGCGUUGCACUGUGGGUAGGUAUCCCAUAGCUAUCCCAUAGUUCCCACAGUCUGCCCCACCCAUUGGAAUUCUGGGUUGAGAUCCCAGUGCCUGAUGGGGCAAAAAACAUUGUCGCAGGUGGUUCUGGGUAUAGCCUCACCCCUCCCUCCAUGAAAGCAAUGGCAGACAACCGUUAUGCACCUUUUUUCCUGGGUGAACACAGCAGACGCCAUACCACGGCAAGCAUGGAGCCCGCUCAGCUCAAGACAGCAGUUAUGAACAUUGUAAACACCUCACGCAUUAUCAUGCAGUUUAUGCUGAACCAGGAAGAGAAAUACGAGGCAAGGAGGAGGCAGCAACAGCAGCGCGGCGAUGAGAGUGAUGAGGAUAUGGACAUGGACACACACUUCUCUCAAACCGCGGGUCUCGGCGCUUUGGAGAUCAUGUUGUUGAUGGGGCAGGUUCUAUCCGUAGAAUGCCGAUUCUGGGCCCAGGAAACAAGCACAGACUGGUGGGCCAGCGUAGCGUUGCAGCCGUGGGAAGAUUCCCAGUGGCUGCGAAACUUUCGCAUGCGUAAGGACACUUUCACGGAACUUUGUGACUUGUUUUCCCCUGCCCUGAAGCGCCAGAAUACCAGGAUGAGAGCAGCCCUCACAGUUGAGAAACGAGUGGCGAUACCCCUGUGGAAGCUUGCAAUGCCAGACAGCUACCGGUCAGUCGGGAAUCAAUUUGGAGUGGGCAAAUCUACUGUGGGGGCUGCUGUCAUGCAAGUAGCCAAAGCAAUCACUGAGCUGCUGCUACGAAAGGUAGUGAUUCUGGGAAAUGUGGAGGCCAUAGUGGGUGGCUUUGCUGCAAUGGGAUUGCCUAACUGUGGUGGGACGAUAGAUGGAACCCAUAUACCUACCUUGGCACUGGAGCACCAGGGUACCCAGUACACAAACCGCAGGGGUUACUUUUCAAUGGUGCUGCAAGCACUGGUGGAUCACGGGGGACGUUUCACCAACGUGGGCUGGCCAGGAAGGGUUCAUGACGCUCUCGUCUUCAGGAACACUACUAAACAGCUGCAGUAAGGGACUUACUUACCGGACCAGAAAAUAACCAUUGGGGAUAUUGAAAUGCCUAUAGUUAUCCUUGGGGACCCAGCCUACCCCUUAAUGCCAUGGCUCAUGAAGCCAUACACAGGCAGCCUGGACAGGAGUCAGGAGCUGUUCAACUACAGGCUGAGCAAGUGCAGAAUGGUGGUGGAAUGUGCAUUUGGUCGUUUAAAACGUUGCUGGCGAUUGUUAAUGACUCGCUUAGACCUCAGCCAAACCAAUAUCCCCAUUGUUAUUGCUGUGUGCUCCACAAUCUCUGUGAGAGUAAAGAGGAGACAUUUAUGGCGGGGUGGGAGGCUGAGGCAAAUCGCCUGGCUGCUGAUUACGCGCAGCCAGACACCAGGGCGAUUAGAAGAGCACACCAGGAAGCGCGGUGCAUCAGAGAAGCUUUGAAAACCAGUUUCAUGAUUGGCCAAGCUACCGUGUGAAAGUUCUGUCUUUCUCCUUGAUGAAAACCCGCCCCCUUUAUUGACUCAUUCUCUGUAGGCAACCCACCCUCCCCCUUUGAUCACAGCUUGCUUUCAAAGGAAAUAAAGUCACUAUUGUUUUAAAA